CUUUUCAAUACUUGAAUUUCUGAGUGCUUGUUCAUAUCUGUGAUGUCAUGCAUGAGUCAGUUUGAGUAUAUGUUGAGUGCUGACCGACAGACGACUUGCAAUCAGCAGGUGUGUACUCUCAUAUAUGAGGAAGAUGACAUAAGUUAAAUUCGGCACACAUAUGUUGCUAAAUCAGCCCAGGAAAUCUCAAGAUUUACUAUUAUUUAACAUAAGUUCUAAAGUUAAGAGGAGAGUUUAGGUAACGUUUGUACAUAGUACUCAAGUUCUCCAAAACUACCUACCCUAAAGUCACACAACAAGUCAUGAUAAACGCAGUAACAUGUCUUCGCGAACCGAACGUCCUUUGUGCCGCGGCUAGAAUUUGUAUAGUGGUAAUUAUGGUAGUUAUUUUUGACCAUACCUUCGCUACCGUGGUAUCCAUGGAAGUAUUCAUCGUCCGAGGACUGAGAUGUUGCAUUCUAAGCCUGCAAAGUUGCCUAGGGUGUCAGAGGAGGAACCUUAGCUGGCGAACCAUUUGGGCCAAUAGCGGUAGUAGUUACAAUAGAAUUGAAAGAAGUUAUAAAGUUGAACGUAGGAAGUGAGCUGGUAGACUGUCAUUGGGUGCUGAGAGUUUGAAUAUUGACAUAGGGAGUAGUCCGGGCAGUGGUCUCUACACGGUCCGAGGGCUGAGUUGUAUUGAUAAGCUGUUAUCUGGCUUGCUGUAUUACGCUGGUGGCAAUCAUGGCUGGCUGUGUGGUACUACUACUAGUAGUACUGGGAGCUUGAGCGUUUGCUGGUUGAGCUAGGAGCUGUAAGUCUUUGGUUAGCCUGUGUAUCCAUAUUGAGGAUUGCUUGGUACUGCUGGAUUUGGGCAUGG